GCUCUGCUGUGGCCGUGCGCCAUUUUAUGCCCUCAGUUGUAGGUUCUAGUCCUUGAAGCUCAGGGUUUGGGGUCAUCUUGUCACUCAUUCUACUGCUCCCUGCCUGUUUUCUUCCUAUUGGUGGCCUGAGGGUCAAGUUUUUAUCCCUGGGAGAGUAGUGAAAUCCUGGCCUUUGGGCUGAAGUUGUUUGACCCCAUCUGACGUGCUCUGGGUCUGAGGUGCUGACAGAACACUGAGCUCCCCAUGAGAUUACAAGACCUCAGAAGAACAAUGAAGCUCCUCCCUCUGUCCCUCCCCCAGACGUCCCAAUACAAAAACUUUCUGGGUAGGUAGGAUGGUCUUCAGAACAGAGUGGUGAUGGUGAGAAAGUGAGGACUUUCUGUCUCUUAGAAGAUCAGAGCUAGCUGAAAUUAGCUUAAAGAAAUCAGUCUGAAGGCUUUUUCUUUCAAAAGGGACACUGCUGCUUUUUGACUUGCUUUGCUACACUGGCUGGUGCACAGCAGUAUUCAGAUUGGCUUUGAUAUUAUCUAAUCUGAGCUGUAAUUACCUUCAGAUAGUGCAAUUUCUUUUCCUGCACAAAUCUGAAAUGUUUAUCUCCUGAAAAUGCUGCUAUUUCUAGCACUGUAAACAAACAGAAGGAAAAUGGAACCCUUGUUUUGGCCACUGGAAACUAUCAGCUUUCAACGUUUCACUCCUGAGUCCUUGGCAGCAAUUGAGAAAAAAAUUGCUGAGAAAAAAGAGAAGCAAGCCAAACUUAAGCAGGAAACUACUGACCAAGAAGUUGAAGAGGAUAAAGUGACUCCUCAGCUUGAUCUGAAAACCUGUAAAAAACUGCCAUCUCUCUAUGGUGAUGUUCCCGCGGAGCUUAUUGGGGAACCUCUGGAAGACUUGGAUCCAUACUACAGUGAUCACAGGACUUUCAUGGUGAUCAAUAAAAGAAGGACUAUUUUCCGGUUUACUGCCACACCUGCCUUGUGUAUACUCGGUCCUUUUAAUCCAAUCAGAAAAGCAGCGAUUAAAAUUCUCAUCCAUUCAUUAUUUGUUGGCUUUAUUACGUGUACUGUGAUACUCAAUUGUGCUUCCAUGGCUAUGAAUAACUAUCCACUAGAUUUCAAUGGGACUGAACACAUCUUUACUGCCAUAUAUACUGGUGAAAUAUUGAUAAAAGUAUUAGCAAGAGGACUGGUUUGGAAUGAAUUUACCUUUCUUCGAGAUCCAUGGAACGUUCUGGAUUUUCUUGUUCUUGUGGUGACGUAUAUUAUUAUCUGUACAAAAUCAGGAAAUAUUUCAGCUCUUCGGACUUUCAGAGUACUGAGGACUUUGAAGGCUAUUUCAGUAAUACCAGGUCUGAAAGUCAUCGUGAAUUCACUUAUUGAAUCUGUUAAGAAACUUACUGAUGUGCUGAUCUUGACUGUUUUUUGCUUGAGUAUAUUUGCUCUAAUAGGACUGCAGCUUUUUAUGGGCAAUUUAAAAAACAAAUGUGUCCUCACAAAUGCUACAUACAAUGACACAUUGUGUAAGGAUGCCAAGAUAUAUAACUCAAGUGAAACAGAUAUCUGUGCCAGAAUGAAUGGAACUUCUGACAUACUGCUCUGUGGUUAUGGUGGGAAUUCUACAGGAGAGUGCCCUGAAAACUACACAUGUUUGAAACUUGGGAAAAAUCCUGAUUUUGGCUACACAAGUUUUGAUCAUUUUGGCUGGGCAUUCCUUUCUUUAUUCCGUCUGAUGACACAGGAUUCCUGGGAGCGUCUGUACAGACAAACUAUCCGUUCAUCUGGGAAGAGCUACAUUUUAUUUUUUAUAGCUGUCAUCUUUUUAUGCUCAUUUUAUCUCUUCAACCUGAUACUGGCUGUAGUAACUAUGGCAUAUGAAGAGCAGAACAGAGCUACUCUUGCUGAAACACAGGCAAAGGAAAAAUUACUUCAGGAUGCUAAAAAAGUUCUAGAGAAAGAAAAGAUGUUGUCUACUGGAGAGAGUAAUAAAGCCUCCCAUAUUGGAUUUGAAAUGUCAGUUGCUGGCUUAGAAAAUUCAGAGGAAAAAGAGACAAGGGGAGAAAAGCCUGUUUCAAGGCAAAGUUUAAUUGUAGGUAAUCAAAGUAAUGAGGAAAGUAUGUUUCAGUCACAACCUAAUCAUUGCCAUAAGAAGCUGAGGCAGAUCCUAUUGUCAUAUGAGUUGUCAGUGGACUCUAUUAACGAUCCUUAUCGGAGACAGAGAUUAAUGAGUGCAGCCACUGUUAUUACAGAUAACAUGAAGGCGCAAAACUCAAAGAUGAGAUUCGCUUCAGUUUGGAAACGUCUUGGUCAAAAGUAUCUAAUUUGGAACUGUUGCCCAUUCUGGAGAGCAGUCAAAGGGAAGGUGCAAUUGAUAGCUUUGGAUCCUGUUGUUGAUCUCAUAAUCAUGAUUUGCAUUAUAGUGAAUACUAUUUUCAUGGCUCUGGAGCACCCUGGAAUGACUUCUACUGAAAAAAGAUUGAUUUGUAUAAGUGACAAGGUCUUCACCAUGGUUUUUGCAGCAGAAAUGGUCUUGAAAAUCAUCGCUCUAGAUCCGUACUACUACUUUCAGCAAAAAUGGAAUAUUUUUGAUAGUAUAGUUGUGAUGAUUGGCUUAAUAAGCUUUCAUGCAAAUCUGUCAUUUUUCAGGCUGCUCAGGAUCUUCAAAUUGGCAAAGAUGUGGCCAGCCUUAAAUACUCUUAUGAAAAUAAUUCUAAACUCAGUUGGUGCGCUGGGUAACCUCACUCUGGUUUUGAUUAUCACUGUAUUUAUUUUUGCUGUAGUUGGAAAGCAGGUUUUGGGCAAAUAUUACGCUACUGAGUUCAAUAAAAUAAGUACAACCGCGAACUUACGCUGGCAUAUGAAGGAUUUUUAUCAUUCAUUCCUGGUCAUAUUCCGAAUAUUAUGUGGAGAAUGGAUUGAAACCAUGUGGGAAUGUAUGGAAGUGGCUGGACAAGAGCGGUGUCUUCCCAUUUUCUUGCUAGUCCUGGUGAUAGGAAACUUAGUGGUUCUCAACCUAUUCAUUGCGCUGCUGCUGAGUUCUUUCAGUACUGACUCCUCAUUGGGACAAGAGGAAGCUGUAAAACAGAGUAAAUGUGAGAUUGCCAUUGCACGGAUUCAUAAAGGCCUUCAGUCUGUGAAAGAGAGAAUUUUGGAUAAGUGUGGCAAAAAGAGGGAACAAAGCAACAACACAACAACCAAAAAGAAGACUUCAGUAAAAACUUCUUUCAAAGACUUAGAGAGAAAUAACUAUGCUAUGACAGAUGUUGGAAAGGAUAUGGACAACAGUUGCUUUGACGUUGGGUGUUACAAUAAUGAGGAGAGUUCCUCAGUAGAAAGAAAAUAUGAAGGCUCUUUAAACUACCAUGGUGGCCACAUCCCCCUUGCAGUAGCAGAGGCUUAUACCGAUGAAGGUGAUGAUGAUGAGCAGAGUGCAUGCACAGAAGGAGAAUACAGAAAAUGGGAAGACAGAUUGAGACGUAGAGAACAAUGCCAAAAUUUGAGUCGCUUGAGUCAAAUUUCUUGGACUUCAGAAACGUACCAAAAGAAAGAGCAAGAAGAGGGAUUUGAUGUUGGUAGUUAUUCUGAAGCCAGCACUGUGGACCCAGUCACUCUUAUAGAGCUGUAUUCCCAACCUAAAAAAAUACAUUUACCUAAGGACUGUUGCACAGAAAGUUGUGUCAAAUAUUUUCCUUGCUGCAAUGUGGAUAUCACUAAGUUUCCAGGCAGCACUUGGUGGAAAUUUAGAAAAACCUGCUACAAAAUUGUCAAACAUAGCUGGUUUGAAAAUUUUAUCAUUUUUGUAAUAGUAUUGAGCAGUGCAGCACUGGCAUUUGAAGAUAUUCACCUUAAGGACAGAAAAACAGUUAAAAAGCUCCUAGAGUAUGCUGAUAUGGUAUUUACUUACAUCUUUAUUAUGGAGAUGCUUCUGAAAUGGGUAGCUUAUGGUUUGCACAGUUAUUUCACAAAUGCAUGGUGUUGGCUCGACUUCAUCAUUGUGUGUGUAAGUAUUAUUUAUAUUUACAUAAAUCUUCUCUGUUGUAGAGAGAUAGGUGCCCUGAAGUCUCUCAGGACGCUCCGAGCACUGAGGCCUCUACGAGCAUUGUCAAGAUUUGAAGGGAUAAAGGUUGUUGUGAAUGCACUUUUGGGAGCUAUCCCCUCGAUCUUGAACGUUUUACUCGUCUGUGUUGUCUUCUGGCUCCUGUUUAACAUUGUAGGAGUAAAACUACUUGGACAAAAAUUUUGGAAAUGCGUGCUUAAGACAGGAGAUAACAGAGAAGUUCAGAACAUAAAUGACUGUAGGAAUUAUGGUGGAAAAUGGACAAACAGUUAUGUAAAUUUUGAUCAUGUUGGGAUGGGAUACUUGGCUCUUCUCCAGGUGGCAACUUUUAAAGGCUGGAUGGACAUUAUGUAUGCAGCAGUGGAUGCGCGUCAGAUAGAUGAACAGCCACAAUUUGAGGCAUGCUCAGCUAUGUAUUUUUACUUUGUGAUUUUCAUUAUUUUUGGAUCUUUCUUCAUGCUGAAUCUUUUCAUUGGAGUGGUUAUCAGCAACUUUAACCAACAAAGGAAAAAGAUAAGUGGAAAAGAUCUCUUUUUGACUGAGGAACAGAAAAAGUACUAUAAUGCCCUAAAAAAACUCGGAUCCAAGAAACCUCAAAAACCCAUCCCAAGACCAUUGAAUGCAUUUCAAGGAUUUUUCUUUGACAUAGUGUCACACAAAGCAUUUGACAUUAGUGUGGUGACUCUCAUCUGUCUAAAUAUGGUUGUGAUGAUGGCAGAAAGUGACAAUGGAGAAGUCAGGGAUGUUCUUAAAAAAAUCAACUACUUCUUUGUGACAGUAUUUACUGGGGAAUGCAUCAUAAAAAUAAUAGCCUUGAGACAUUACUUCUUCACCACUGGCUGGAACAUAUUUGAUUUAGUUGUUGUGGUCCUUUCACUAGUUAGUAUUGCACUUGCUGAAGUCUUUUCAAAGUUCUUCUCUCCUACGCUUCUGAGAAUUAUUCGUUUGGCACGAAUUGGCCGCAUUCUGAGAUUAGUUAAAAGAGCUAAAGGAAUUCGAACUCUUCUUUUUGCCUUAUUGAUGUCUCUUCCGUCUCUGUUCAACAUUGGCCUCUUGCUAUUUCUGGUUAUGUUCAUUUAUGCUAUUGUGGGCAUGACAAAUUUUGCCUGUCUUGGCUGGGAAGGUGGGAUCGAUAACCUUUUCAACUUUCAAACUUUUGAUAGUAGCAUACUCUGUCUCUUCCAAAUUACGACAUCAGCUGGCUGGGAUAGCCUUCUGAGUCCAGUGUUGAAAGAAUCCGAAACGUGUGCUCCCAAUGUACCACAGAAUAACUCUAGUUGCAGAAAUAAAGUGGUUGGUAUUACAUUUUUCGUAAGCUAUGUCAUUAUAUCCUUUCUUAUUGUUGUAAAUAUGUACAUAGCUGUCAUUUUAGAGAACUUCAGCGUUGCCACUGAAGAAAGUGCAGAUCCUCUUUCUGAGGAUGACUUUGAUAUGUUUUAUGAAACCUGGGGAAAUUUCGAUCCUCAGGCAACGCAGUUUAUUGAAUACUCUGCACUUUCAGACUUUGCAGACGCUCUGGCAGAGCCCUUACGCAUUCCAAAGCCAAAUACGAUUCAGCUCAUAUCCAUGGACCUCCCCAUAGUGAGUGGAGAUAAGAUCCACUGCUUGGAUAUCUUGCUCGCCUUCACUAAAAGGGUUUUAGGAGAAGCUGGGAAUUUUGAGGGUCUUGAAUUACACAUGGAAGAAAAAUUUAUGGCUGCCAAUCCAUCUAAAGUUUCCUACAAGCCAAUUACUACCACACUUAAAAGAAAGCAAGAGGAGGUGUCAGCACUUGUUAUUCAGAGGGCCUUCAGGAGGCAUUUGUUGCAGCGUUCUCUGGAACAUAAGCCUUUCUUACACUGUCGUAGACGUUUUAACAGUGCAGUCUAUGCAGAAGAGAUGCGUGAGAAAGAUGGCCUCAUUGCAUCAAUGCGUGGUGAAAAUUAUGGGAGGAAGCUAGAUAAAUCACAGACUACAUCUUCCAUAUCUCUCCCUUUAUUUUAUGAUGGUAUUGCUGGAACAGAUACCAAUAAGGUGGACACAUAAGUUUGUCCCAGGCUGUGGCAUUUGUGAUACAACUGAUGACAGUUGUUUUCUGGCAGACAAAGCCUUUUGCUCCCAGAGCAUAGUAUUUUAAAUGUACAGAGAUUAUAAUAUCCAUUAAGUAUUGUAAUUAUUCUAUUUCGCAAAUGCUCCUUAAAUAGGAUUGGCACAACUAUGUCAUAAAAAUUAGAUGAAAUUCAAACUAUGGUUUUUUUAAUCAGCUGGUGGAGUUCCUGAGUUAAUUUUUACUUUUGUCUUUUUAUUAUUAUUAUUAUUAUUGUUAUUCCUUCAUAUUUCUGGUUUUAUGGAAGAAAUCUGUAUAAGAUCAUCUGUAAUAUGAUCAAUAGGCACACAGGGCUGUAGAAAAAUGUAUGUGUCCUCAGAGAUAAUACCUGGAUUAACUUGCUUGUUGUAGCAAAAUGAAAUGAUUACUGCAUUACCUGUGAAGGCGCUCAUUCAGGAUGCUUCAGUAUAAUCGUCCACUCAUUUCUAGGUUGUCUGAGACCAUCUUCCUCCUGGUUCCUUUGGUAUUCACACUGAAGGAUUUUUGAGAUGCCUUUACACGUGCACCUAAGUGGAUUUAGCAAAUGAUGCUCCAAUAGCUGUGCUUGAAAGUUGUAUGUAAUGUGUUCUUUGUAUCAUUCAACGCGGGAAAACUGUGAUGACAAUGUCUGAAGAAUCAAAGGGGGCUGUGUAAGAGCUAUUGUUUCACGAAAAUCUUAAGAAUUGCUGUACCUGAACUACCUAAGUAUAAAUACUUAUUGGUUCUGAAAAAAAAAAAGUGUAUGGAUGAGUUUGUAUUAACAUUACUUUUACUGGUUUUUUUGCAGUUUGGUUCCAUCAGGUGAACUGAUAGAGCUGCCUCAGAACUGCCUACGAACUAUGGCUAAUUAAUAAAGAGCUCAGAUGC